AUGGGGUGUUGGUAUUCAAGGAUUGAUAGAGAAGAGACUGUUUCACGUUCUAAGGCGAGAAAGAGAUACAUGAAACAGUUAGUUAAAGCUAGACAGUCUCUUGCCGCUUCACAUUCUAUGUAUCUGCGCUCUUUACGAGGCACAGGCUCAGCACUCCUUCAAUUUUCUAACAAUGAAACUUCUCUCCACCUCCACCUCCACCAUCAUGCCAAGCCGCCGUCUCAACCGCCGGCGCCUCCUCUGCCGCCAAUGAGUCCUGGUUCAGACACUUGGACAUCUGCUACCACGGCCUCCCCUGCUCUGCCUCCGCCUCCUCCACCUCCACAUCCAUCGAGUAGCUGGGACUUCUGGGAUCCAUUUGUUCCUGCUACUGCUUCACGGUCAGCCACAGAGGAGGAAUGGGAGGCUGCCACCUCAGCAUAUGAGGUGGCGGCCACCGCUACAACCACCGCAACCAGGGCUGCGAGCGUAGGAGCGCCGCCUUCUAUGGUGAGUGGGUUCUCAAAAGACACGGGAAGUGAGCUUGCUAUGGUGGUUUCGAGGAAUAGUAAAGAAUUGGUGGAGAUUGUGAAAGAGGUUGAUGAGUAUUUUCUUAAAGCUGCUGAUGCUGGCAGCCAGGUCUCAUUGCUAUUAGAAGUUUCAAAUUCCGCUUUUUCUUCUCAAAAUAAAGGAGGUAAAGUGUAUAACUAUGGUUGCAAUCUGACUCCAACAACUUGGACAUGGAAUUGGAAUCAGAAAAUGGAAGGAAUUGGGAAGUUGGGAGAGGACAGGAUUGCAGGAAAUGUAGGUAGUAGUGUUCUUAGCAGCGGUCAUUGUUCUACUUUAGAGAGAUUGUAUGCUUGGGAGAAGAAAUUAUACCAGGAGGUCAAGAAUGCGGAGGCUAUAAAGAUAGAGCAUGAGAAGAGGGUGGCACAGCUGAGGAAGCUGGAGGUGAAGAGAGCUGACUAUGUGAAGACUGAGAAGACUAAGAAAGAAGUUGAAAAAUUAGAAUCCCAAAUGAUGGUUGCUUCACAGGCCAUUGAAACUACAUCGACUGAAAUCAUCAAACUGAGAGAAUCGGAGCUUUAUCCUCAACUCCUUGACCUUGUAAAAGGGUGGAUGUGCAUGUGGAGAAGCAUGUAUGAGAUCCACCAAGUUCAUACUCACAUAGUUCAGCAGCUCAAGUACCUUAACUUUAUCCCUUCUAAUGAGCCAACAUCUGAGAUUCACAAGCAAUCAACUCUCCAGCUUGAGCUUGAAGUCCAGCAAUGGCAUUUGUCUUUCUGUAACUUAGUCAAGGCUCAACAAGACUACAUUCAGUCCCUUGCAGGCUGGCUCCGGCUUAGUCUUUUCCAGUUCAGCAAAAACCCACUCCUAAGAAACAGUCAGGAAUCGAAAAUUUACUCUUUUUGUGAAGAAUGGCAUCUUGCAGUUGACAGGAUUCCUGAUAAGGUAGCAUCUGAAGGAAUCAAGAGCUUCUUGACAGUAAUCCAUGCCAUUGUGGUUCAGCAAGCAGAGGAAUAUAAGCAAAAGAAGAAGGCAGAUUCUGCAUUUAAAGAUUUUGAGAAGAAGGCUGCUGAGCUUAGAUCACUGGAAAGUAAGUACGGUCCAUUUUCCAUGCCUGAAAUGAACAAGGACCCUGUUUCAGAAAAGCGAACAAAGGUUGACUUGUUGAGAGCAAAGGCAGAGGAGGAAAAGAAUAAGCAUGAGAAGUCAGUUAGUGUAACAAGGGCGAUGACUUUGAACAACCUUCAGAUGGGGUUUCCACAUGUCUUUCAGGCAAUGGUAGGAUUUUCAAGUGUAUGCAUGCAAGCAUUUGAAUCUGUGUACAACCAAGCCAAGAGUAUUGAUCACGACAAAGAAAAAGAUUAUGUGCCAACUGUUUUUGACAAUUUCAGCGCAAAUGUUGUUGUCAAUUGGAGUACCGUUAAUCUGGGGUUGUGGGAUACUGCAGGACAGGAGGAUUAUAACAGAUUAAGACCUUUAAGUUAUCGCGGGGCAGAUGUGUUCAUAUUGGCAUUUUCCCUCAUCAGCAAGGCCAGUUAUGAAAAUGUCUCCAAAAAGUGGAUUCCAGAGUUAAAACAUUAUGCCCCUGGUGUUCCAAUAGUUCUUGUUGGAACUAAGCUUGAUCUUCGGGAUGAUAAGCAGUUCUUUAUUGAUCAUCCUGGAGCUGUACCCAUUUCUACGGCCCAGGGAGAGGAGCUGAGUAAGCUGAUAGGUUCACCUGCUUAUAUCGAAUGCAGUUCAAAAACGCAAGAGAAUGUGAAGGCAGUUUUUGAUGCAGCCAUAAGAGUGGUUCUUCAACCGCCGAAGCAGAAGAAAAAGAAGGGCAAAGCACAGAAGGCCUGCUCCAUAUUGUGAUUGGAAAAGAAAAUGUAAAAAGAUUAUGGCCUUCUGUCCUAUCCAUGGUCCCUUCACCCCUCUCUUUCCCUUACUCUUCUCCUUGCUCUUGAAGAUAUUAGAAGCCCUGGAUUAUAGUCUCUCAACUGACAACUCAGGAUCUCAAUGAAGCAUCUGUGGGCUUGGUAGUAUUACUUUAUUGCAACUGUUGUGAUCUCUAAUUGUUGAAACUAAGUACGUGGAUGCCAGCCUCCUUCCCUUAACUCCAAUUUUUAUAAUUUUAUGUGUUAGUGCCCCUGGAACAUCCAGUUAGGAAAUUGCACGGAAAACCUUAAAUUUUAUUGCUCUGUAUUGUUUUAAAAAGCUUGGUUCGUUUAUGGUUUC